AUGGCGUCCAGGAUUGCCAUAAGCUCGCUGAAGGCAUCAGCACCCCGCGUGCGACCCCAGGUCGCAGCUGCCAUCCCUCGAGCUGUCCAAUCUCGCGGGAUGGCGAGCAAGCCCCCUCCGGCUGAGCGCGCGUCGGAGAUCAUUAACAAACUCCCAUCCUCGCCCAACCUCAUCACCCGGACGGGCACCGCGAUCCUCGGUACGGGUCUACUUGCAACUGCGAUCUCGAAUGAGCUGUACGUCGUGAACGAGGAGUCGGUCAUUCUCGUAGGCUUCGCCGUCCUCGUUGCCUUCAUUGCUAAGAGCAUCCGGGACCCGUACCGUGACUGGGCGGAAGGUCAUAUCCAGCGCAUCAAGGGCGUGCUCGAGAAGUCCCGUACGGAGCACACGCAAGCCGUGAAGGACCGCAUCGAGUCUGUUGAACAGAUGAAGGACGUUGUCUCCAUUACCCAGGGCCUCUUCGCGCUAUCUAAGGAGACCGCGCAGCUGGAAUCCGAGGCGUUCGUGCAGCGCCAGAAGGUUGCCCUUGCGGCGGAGGUGAAGACGGUGCUGGACAGCUGGGUACGGUUCGAGCAACAGGAGAAGGAGAAUGAGCAGGCUGAGCUCGCGAGGGCGAUCAUUGACAACGUCCUGAAGAGCAUCAAGGAUGAAAAGACGCAGAGGGACAUCUUGACCAAUGUCGUUACGGAGGUCGAGCAACUUGUCAAGAGCAAAGCCAUCUAG